UUGAAAUAUUAAUUAACAGUUUUUAAGAAUUAAUUCAAAUUAAAUUUUCUAAAAAAAUUAAAAAUAAAUAUAACGGUGACAAUAAAAGUUGAUUUGAAUGCUGAUAAGUUUCUAAUAAGACAAGAUAAAUAAAUAUGGCAAGUGCAAAUGAAUAUAUAGCAAAUAUAUAUUUUUUGGAUGCAUUGAACUUAUUUAUUGAAACACAAUGGCUCUAUAAUAUUCCAGUUACUAAUUUAUUAACUGAAGGAUUACUUGAUUUAUUUCCAGAAGAAUGGUUAAAUCCAGAAUGGUCAAAGACUUUAAAAACAUUUGUUAAAAAGUGUAGAUAUAUUGAUCGAUUACCAAAUAUAAACAGUAUAAUACCAAUAAUAUUACCAAAAAAAUUUCAAACAGGUCUUAAUCUUAAAAAACAACAUGAAAUAAUGCAUUUAGCAUACCUAGUACAUAUGCAAUGUGCAUCACAAAAUAUUAAAACUAUUAUUGAUCUUGGUGCAGGUUUGGGAUAUAUUUGUCAGUUAUUAUAUUAUUUGUAUGGAUAUAAAGUUCUUGGAUUAGAAAAAAGCCAAACAAAUGUAAAUAAUGCUCGAAGUAGACAAAUAAAAAUGUAUUCUGAUUCAUUGGCAUAUGUUAAAUAUAGUUGUUGUGAUUUAACAUAUAAUUCUGUUGAAAUAAUAGAAGCUAUUUUAAAUAAUGAAUUUCAAGAAAAAUCAGAUAUUUGUUUAAUUGGUCUACAUGCUUGUGGAGAUCUUAGUAUAUAUGCAUCAAAAAUAUUUCGAGAUAUGAAAAUAGCACGUAUUUUUAUUUUAAUUCCUUGUUGUUAUCAUAAACUUUCAAUAUCAAAAAGUAUAAGAAUAAAUGCAUCAAGUGAAAAACAAUACUUUAAUAAUUUUCCUUUAUCUAAUCGUUUUAAAACUAUUAUUAAUAAUACUAAUUUUGAUAUUGGUAUCUUUUUGAGGCAACCUUUUUUACGGCUAGCAUGUCAAGAACCAGUAGAUAGAUGGUAUAACAUGUCUAUUGAAACACAUAAUAAACAUUCUUUCUAUGUUCUUGCAAGAGCUGUCCUUCAAUUGUAUGCAACUAAAAAUGGAUUUUCUCUUAAGAAAUGUACUCAAAAAGGAACAAGAAAAUCACAAUGUUUAAAUUUUGAAACAUAUAUUAAUGAUGCAUUGACUAGGUAUAUUUUACAACCACAAGAAAAAGAAACAUUCAACAAACAAGAUGUAGAAUUCAAUCUUGAUACACAUAAAAAAAAUAUAAUAGAAUUAUGGAAAAAUCAUUGUGAUAAAUUUAAAAUUGUAGAAAUAUAUACUGGUUUACAAUUGAUGUUGCAAGCACCAGCAGAAUCACUUGUUUUACAAGACAGAUUAUGUUGGAUGGAAGAAGAAGGUUUAGAAGCAAAAAUUAUUCCAGUAAUGAAUAAAUAUAUAUCUCCACGAGCAUAUGCAAUUGUAUCUCACAAAAAAUAAUAAAUAUUUUUAUAUUUAA